UUUUAUUCAUCUAUGGAACGCGUAGCUGCUGUAUCUACCCAUGUUGCUGGUGGCCAGUCCAAUACCUAUAAGGAUGAGAAGAAGCCAGAUGACGUAGUUAUCUGUGCAGCGUUGAGGACGCCACUCUGUAAGGCUAAGAGGGGUUCCUUCCGUACCACUUCGGUCGAGGAUAUGAUGUGUCCGGUUAUGAAGGCCGUUGUCGAGAGGACCGGCGUUGACCCCAAGACCAUUGGUGACGUCCAGAUGGGCAAUGUGCUUCAAUCUGGUUCUGGAGUUGUUCCAGCUCGUAUGGCCGCCUUGAUGGCCGGUAUCCCGAUCGAGGUCCCUACGGUUUCAAUCAAUCGGCAGUGUUCGAGUGGUCUCCAAGCGGUAGCCAACAUUGCUUCUGAUAUCAAAGCCGGCUACAUCAAAGUGGGCCUUGCUGGCGGCGUUGAGAGUAUGAGCAUGUAUGACAUGAUGUCCGCAUUGGACCCGAGUAAAGUUUCUGAUAAUGUCUUUGAACACGAAGCUGCGAGGAAUUGUCUCAUCCCGAUGGGCAUGACCAGCGAAAAUGUCGCCGCUAAGUUCGGUAUCACUCGAGAGGUCCAAGACAGAAUGGCUGUGGAAUCACAUCUCAAAGCGAGCAGGGCUCAGAAGGACGGAUUGUUCGACGAUGAAAUUGUACCAGUGGUGACUAAGAUUGUUGAUCCGAAGACUGGUGAGUCUAAGACCAUCACGGUGACGAAGGACGAGGGUUGUAAACCUGAAACGACUUUUGAAGGUCUUUCUUCUCUCCGUCCUGCCUUCUUGAAGGGUGGUUCCACUACUGCAGGCAAUGCCUCGCAAGUGACAGAUGGUGCUGCCUGUGUGCUUCUCGCUCGUCGUGAUGAGGCCCAGAGACAGGGGCUUCCGAUACUGGCCAGAUUCCAAGGCUUCUCGGCUGUUGGAGUUCCACCCGAAAUUAUGGGUAUUGGUCCCGCGGCGGCCAUACCCGCUGUCCUCGCUCAGACAGGCCUCAAAGUUGCUGACAUUGACAUAUACGAGAUUAAUGAGGCUUUCGCUAGUCAAGCCACAUAUUGUGUCCACAAGUUGAAGAUUCCAGCUGAGAAGUUGAAUCCGAAGGGAGGCGCCAUCGCACUGGGUCACCCAUUAGGUUGCACAGGUGCCCGGCAAAUCGCUACGCUGCUUCCGGAGAUGAAACGUGAGUUUGAGUUUAUCUCCCGCUUCGAUUUCAUUCAUCCAGGCACUAAAGCUAAGCUCGGCGUUGUUUCGAUGUGCAUCGGUGGUGGUAUGGGAGCCGCUGGUUUGAUUGUGAACGAGCAAUAGAUUCAUUUCCCGAUUGUAUUCAAGAUUUGUUGGUUUUUAGAAGGAGUCUAGUUGUAUCUUUUCAGUAGAGGUACACAUAAUUUCUAGUGAUUUUUCAACGGUU